UGAUUUCAAAGUUUGCUAAUUAAGUCCAUUGCACAUAGAUCGAUAUGUGUACACAUUUUAGAAAAAAGGAAUGCACAUGAAAUAUCGAUGUGUCUAGCUUAGGCAAAAGGAGCCUGCUAAUACAGCAAAAUUAAAGACUCUUGUUUGCUUCAUUCCUAUCCAGUUUCAUCCAACCCCAUCAAUCGAGCAGCAAAAGGGAACAAAGCUUCCAGCCAUUAUCCGGGAAGCUGUCCUCUCAUCGUCCUCCACGUGUCCACCCAUACACGUGUCGCCAUCCCAAGCCCUCUGCCUCCUUCCCGCCAACACGUGUACCCGUCGCGCUAUAUAUACCCCUCACUCGCUGCGAUUUUACAGCCCACCUCGAAACUUCUCUUUACCAUUUUAUGCUCUCUCUCUUCCCCUCUCUCCCCGAUGUCGUCGCCGCCGCCGCCGCCGCCGAGCAAGCCGAAGCGCCGGCGGCUACUGUCUCUUCCGGCGGUCUACCCGUGCGAGGACAUCGCGCCGGCGCCGCUGCUCGCCUCGCUGCUCUCCCUCGCGGCGGAUGUCGCCAGCCGUCGGGCGGCCGACGUCGACGCCUUCCCCGUUCUCCGCUGCGGCGUGCGCAAGGCCGUGCGGCUCGCCGGGAUCCUCCUCGCGUUCCUCGAGGAGGUUCAGGAUGCGGCGGCGGCGGCGGCGUUGCCGUCGUCUGCGGUGCUUGGGCUGACGGAGCUGCACGUGGCGAUGCAGAAGCUGCGGUUCCUGCUCGCGGACUGCGCGCGGCGUGGCGCGCGGCUGUGGGUGCUCGUGAACGCCGGGAUGGUGGCGUCGGAGCUCAGGUUGGUGCUCGGGUCGGUCGCGGCGGCCAUGGACGCGCUUCCGAGGAGCGUCGCGGAGGCGUCGGUGGAGGCCGGGGAGCUCGCGCGGGUGGUGUCGGAGCAGGCGUGGCGCGCGGCGGUGCGGCCCGACGGCGCCGACGAGCGCGCGGCGCGGAGCGUGCGGUCGAUCCUGGAUCAGUUCAAGGACGGCGUCGCGCCGGACGCCGACGACGUGAGGCGGGUGCUCCGCCGGGUCAGGGUCGGGAGCUGGUCGGAUUGCUCCGAGGAGAUCGCGUUCCUGGAGAGCGAGAUUUGCGCGCGGCUGGACGCCGGCGACGAGAACAGCAAUGACGUUCUCGUCAUGAACAGCUUAAUGACGUUCCUGGUGUACUGCCGCGUCGUGCUGUUCGACCACAUUGACGCGAGCAAGUCGCAACCGGCGGCGGCGGCAGCGCCGGCGCCGGCGAGGUGCCCGGAAUGGAUCAGACCGGAAGCGCUGCAGUGCCCGAUCACUCUUGACCUCAUGACCGAUCCGGUGACCGUGUCCACCGGCCAGACAUACGACCGGGCGUCGAUCACCCGGUGGAUGAAGGCCGGUUGCCGCACGUGCCCGGUCACCGGCGAGAGGCUGAGCACCGCCGACCUCGUCCCCAACACCGUGCUCCGCGGGAUCAUCGAGCGGAUGCUUCUCAUCAAUGGCGUCACCCUCCCGGAGCUGAGCGCCGCCGGCGGCGGUGGCCACCGCCACGGCGCCGUCGCGAACACGGCCGUGCCGUUCGGCCCGGCCGCCGCGGGCGCCGCGCGCCUCGCCGUCGCGCACAUCGUGGCGCAGCUCUCGAGGGGGUCGACGGAGGAGCGGAGGAAGGCGACGUCGGAGGCACGGAAGCUGUCGAAGCACAGCGUGUUCUACCGGGCUUGCCUCGUCGACGCCAACGCCGUGCCGUGGUUGCUGUGCCUCCUCUCCUCCACCGACGCCGCCGUGCAGGACAAUGCCGUGGCGUCGCUGCUCAACCUCUCGAAGCACCCCGCCGGCAGGACGGCCAUCGUGGAGGUCGGCGGCGUCGGCCUCGUCGUCGACGUGAUCAACGUCGGCGCCAAGGCCGAGGCGCAGCACAACGCGGCGGCCGUCCUCUUCUACCUCUCGUCGAACAGCCCGGACUCCGCCGAGGAGAUCGGCCGCAUCCCGGAGGCGAUCCCGACGCUGGUCCAGCUCAUCCGGGACGGCGCGUACCGCGGGCGGAAGAACGCCAUGGUCAGCCUGUACGGGCUGCUCCAGAGCGCCGCCAACCACGGCAGGGCCAUCGCCGCGGGCGCCGUGUCAGCGCUCGCCGCGCUGCUGCUCUCCGCCGACCGCGACGACCUCGCCGGGGACAGCGUCGCGCUGCUGGCGAGGAUCGCCGAGCAGCCGUCUGGCGCCGCGGCCGUCCUCUCGCAGCCGGGGCUCGUCGCCCGCCUCGCCGAGGCGCUCGCCGCGUCGUCGGCGUCGUCGUCCCGGUCGGCGAGAGACCACAGCGUGUCGCUCCUCGCCUCGCUGUGCCGGCACGGCGGCGCCAAGGUGGUCGCCGUGCUGGGGCGGAUGCCGGGGCUGAUGGCGUCGCUCUACUCGCUCGUCGCCGACGGCGGCAGCCCGCAGACGAGCAAGAAGGCGCGGGCGCUGCUCAACGAGAUCCACCGGCAUUACGAGGUGGCGCCGCCGCCGCCGGCGUCGUCGGCGUCGUCGGACGCCGGCGGUGACCGUGUCGUUCGCGUGCUAUAGCAGCGAUCGACAAACCACACAAACAAACACACGUAAUUAAGUAGAGCAUAAUACAGUAGAUCGUACAUAGGACAUUGGUUUUUGUCACGAUCUCGGCUCGCGUUUUAGAAGAGUCUUGAUCGAAUUUUGCGUCGCACAUACUCUGUUCCUCUUUGCCGUUUUUUCGUCUUGUUUUGUACACAGUUACACAAAAUAUAUUCAUACACACGUAGUACAGUAGUAGUAAAUUAAAGUACGGGGGAAAUUGCGGUGAACUUGUACUGAUGGAUGGAUAGUUAGUUAGCUGUAGACUGUAGUACAUAACUAGUGUGUACAUGAGUUUGUUUUUGGGUUUGAUUGCUGUUUGUGACGCUGUUUGUGAUGUAAAUAGUCGGUGGUUGUUGUUUUGUUCACUGUGGUGAAUUCAAUGUGAUGGUCUGAUGGAUUGAGAGAUUCGGUAAUGUA